GUCUCCAAGUGAGGGCUUCAGCUUCGAUCGACAGAUGCAUGCAUAUGCGAUGGAGUCGGCUUGCCUUACAUGAUUUACGAUUGAUGAUUUUAAAGCGAAGAAAAAUAGCCAGAUCAGGGGAAGGUUCAUGGAUAUACAGUUAUCUGUCCUUGGUGUGAUAUCCUGGCUUGUCUUUUUGAAUUGUUUGGUUGCUGUUGCAGUACCAUUAUCUCAUGUACAAUGUGAUCUGGGUUGUCAUGCAUCCCAAGUCAUUAUCUGCUUGUAUUAUAUAGCACUGGCAUGUUGCGCAGGAAGCACCAGACAUACCGAAAGAAAUAGAGAUAAGAAUUUAUUUUCAAAAUGCCUAGUACACCCAUGUAGAAACAAUAUCGAUCUUCAUAAAGCAGCUGAAAUGACUUGUAUCUAUGAUUGGCAUUCUAUUUACUAUUCAAAUGGGAGGUCUACUUUAUUCCGGUUGUGUAAAUGACCCAAGUACAAAAAGAGAGGCAAGGAAAAAAACCCACGACAGUCCGCCCCGUGCAAGUCUCUAAACCGACGCGAGCCAAGAAGAAAUGAGCAGCAGAAUCCAAACCAAAACUCCCAAGCCUG